AUUUUUAUGACCCACCGUGUACAUACUUGAACCAGGAACUAGUCUGAGCAUAAAACUAAAACCUAAAAAAUGUGAUGAAUGUUUUACAAAAUCUUUGAUUGCUAAUCAUCGUAUUUCAGAUUGCAUUUGUGCUCCAAGUAUUCCUCCAAUCCGGUCGGUACCACACAGUGCGUGACACUGAUGUCCUGCAGCUCUUCCUUUAAAGGCUUCCUUGUGGAGUCUGGGUUGUGUCUCUUUGACAGCUGUGUAGGUUGCAGGUCAUAUUUUGUGUUCUCUCUAUAGUCAAGCUUCAGCAGUGAACACUUGGGCAUCUUCUGCCUUUAUUUGGUUGCUCAUCUGGUUAUCGUGUUCUCAAACCAUCUCUUUAUGUUGACUGCUGAGUCAUGAUAUAGUUUGAUAGAUUUGCUGACAAUUUUUGUCUGAAAAGAUGUUUCUGCUUGAAUAAUCUGAUUUUUUUUUUUUAGUUUGUUGGUUUAACUUUUGCUGUUGUUUGUUCCAUAGACUUAGGAGAGCUGAGGUUUUUUUUUAGGAGGAAAUGUUCUUCAACACUUCAGUCUGUAUGGAACUGAGAAAAGAGUGACAAGUUAAAUGCCAGGAACACUCAGUGAAAGGUUAGAAGCACCUUUUAACCACAAAACAGAGUUACCAACGUGAUUGGCAUUGAAAUACUGUUCAGUAAUCCCACCUUUAAUGUGGAGAUUACAGUAGAGAUUUAUUUGAUUGUAAAAAAACAAAAAAAAAAAAAACUCUCCACUUUCACUGACAGAAAAGAUUACCAUUUUUAAAUUAUUGUCAGUUUGUACAAAUAAGGCGUGAUGCAAAAACCCGUUUCUCUGGGUCUUCCACUUCUCCAAGACCUCUGGGCUACAACACCUUUGGUUUUUUACAGGCUUCCUUUGUUUUGUAAACCAUCACAUUUCAAGCUCAUAUCUAGUUUAUCCAGAAAGGUUUAUCAUAAAAAAGUGCAUGAAGGCAGAUCCCAUCGCCUGUAGUGUUGGGUCCUGUCCCGUCCUGACGCACUCCUCUCUUGCAGUAGCGCUGUGCACGGAAGUCUGGGCGCUUAGGAAACGCAUUCCGUUCAGCUGCAGCCAUGGCGCGGUCGAAAGCAAAGGUUUAUCUCUGCUGCGCGCUGAUUCUGAUCAGCUUUAUAUCCAUCAUUGUGUGUAUUGCUGUGUUUGCGAAGCGCAGGUGUCCAAAUGGAACUUUCUCUAAAGCGGCAGUGGCCACAGACUCAAAGAUAUGCUCAGAAAUUGGAAGGGGCAUACUUGAAAAGGGGGGCUCUGCGGUAGAUGCCGCUAUUGCUGCGCUGCUGUGCACUUUUUUGGCGAAUCCGCACAGUGCGGGGAUCGGAGGGGGAUCCAUCUUCACAGUGAUGGACAGCUCUGGUGUUGUCAAAAUUCUCAACUCCAGAGAGGAAGCGCCUAAAAAAGUAAAAUCUGACUUGCUGGAGUCCUGUCCUGAGAAGAGCAUGACAGAUUUAAAAUGGAUCGGAGUUCCAGGAGAAAUUCGUGGGUUUGAAAUGGCUCACAAGCUGUACGGAAAGUUGCGCUGGGCUGAUCUCUUUCAGCCCACCAUCAAACUGGCAAGACAGGGAAUUCCCAUCUCUGAAAUCCUACAACCAUAUAUUGAGCGAAUCCCAAAUACAAAUGAAACCCAGUCUUUAAGAAAAUUAUUUACAGACACCAAUGAUAACUUGCUUAAAACUGGAGAUAUUGUGAAGUUUGAGAAACUGGCUGACACUUUGGAGAUGAUUGCAAAGCAAGGAGCAGAUGUCUUUUAUAAUGGAAAAAUAGCUGAAGAUUUAGUCCAGGAUGUGAAGGCUGCAGGAGGAACCCUCGAUCUGGAGGACCUGGCAUCAUACAGAGCUACUUUGACUGACGCCUGGAAUGUGCCUAUGGGGGAGUAUCAGAUGUACUUCCCCCCUCCGCCUGCAGGGGGAAGCCUCCUCACCCUCAUCCUCAACAUCAUGAGAGGAUAUAAGUUAAAUCCAGACACUCUGACUGGGAAAGAAAAGACGCUGUUUUAUCAUCGCUACAUUGAAUCCUUUAAAUUUGCAAAUGGACUGAAGAAAUACAUACGAGAUCCAAGGUUCACCUCAGAAAAGCGGGCAAAACAAUUCACAGAGGAGGGCUUUGCCAACUACAUACGAAGCUUGAUCACCGACAACACGACACAUGACCUCCAGUACUACAACGUUACUCCACAUCUGGACAGCAUUGGUACCACGCAUGUGUCGGUGCUGCAUGAAGACGGAUCUGCUGUUGCUGUCACCAGCACCAUAAACACAAUUUUUGGGUCCAGAGUUGUGUCUCCAAGAACAGGCAUCAUCCUGAAUAAUGAGUUGAAAGACUUUUGCGGAAGAGCGGACAGCAUCUUACCUGGGGAGCGCCCCCCCUCCUCCAUGUCUCCUGUGGUGAUGAAGUCUAAAUCAAAGAUGCUUGUGAUUGGAGGAUCUGGCGGGAGUAUGAUUACCACUGGAAUGGCAUCGGCUCUCAUUAACCAUCUAUGGUUAGGAAAAAGCCUUGAGGACGCCAUUAAUACAGCUAUUGUGUUUGUGGACUCUAAAAAUGCAGUGAAGUUUGAACCUGAUUUUGAUAAGGGUGUGAUUGAGGCUCUUAAAGCCCUUGGACACAACCAUGCAACGGCCCAAAAAUUUUAUAACGUGGUUAACGCUGUGGAGAAAGAGGACGGCUGCAUCUUUGCGGUGUCUGAUGCCAGAAAAAAAGGAGAGCCAGAUGGUUACUGAGUUCAAAUAUGAUGAUUGUCAUUGAAAGACUUUUGGAGGAGUAAAAACAAAGAAACAGAAAGAAGCAGAUCAAAAUGGUUUGACUAACUGAACUUACAUUGAUAAUGUCAACAGAAAGUUUUUGGACUGUUUUACCCUUUUGUGCAUUUUUAAAAGAUAUUUAACACUAUGUACACUCAUUUUGUUACUUCAAAUGUGAUAUCUUGCCAGACACUGAGAGAAUCCACUCAUCUCCAUCUUUCUGUGUAGGUGAUUCUGAUAAUCCAGGUCCAUAAAUAAUAUUUGAUGAAGUUAGUUCCAUCUAAUAUCAGGCAUUCUUGCUUUUUGUAGCAGUGAGAACUGUUUUGUUAUUUAUGAUAUGGUUGCAAAUAAAACGUGUAUCAAUUUUUGUCAGUGAAAAAAGUAAUGUUCAAAUGUAAAUAUGCCCAUAGUUACAGGAAAUGGAAAUAUUUGAAUUCUGCUUUUUUACUCACAUAAGGUAACAAAAAUAAAAGUUUUAUGUCACUCA